AUGUACCAACUGGGCGACCUCACGUGCUUCUCCCUCGAGGCGUAUCUCGAGCUGCCGUCGAGAGAGAGAGAGAGAGAGGAAGCACUCCUCACAUUUCCCUCCUCACACGUUUCCCUCCUCACAUUUCGCUCCUCACAUUCCCCUCCUCACAUUUCCUCCACACAUUUCCCUCCUCACAUCUCCCUCCUCACAUUUCCCUCCUCGCAUCCCCCUCCUCCCAUUCCCUCCUCACACGUUUCCCUCCUCACGCCCACAUUUCAGGGGUACUCGUCGCAGCACGGGUACUCGUCGCAGCAGGGGUACUCGUCGCAGCACGGGUACUCGUCGCAGCAGGGGUACUCGUCGCAGCAGGGGUACUCGUCGCAGCAGGGGUACUCGUCGCAGCAGGGGUACUCGUCGCAGCAGGGGUACUCGUCGCAGCAGGGGUACUCGUCGCAGCAGGGGUACUCGUCGCAGCAGGGGUACUCGUCGCAGCAGGGGUACUCGUCGCAGCAGGGGUACUCGUCGCAGCAGGGGUACUCGUCGCAGCAGGGGUACUCGUCGCAGCAGGGGUACUCGUCGCAGCAGGGGUACUCGUCGCAGCAGGGGUACUCGUCGCAGCAGGGGUACUCGUCGCAGCAGGGGUACUCGUCGCAGCAGGGGUACUCGUCGCAGCAGGGGUACUCGUCGCAGCAGGGGUACUCGUCGCAGCAGGGGUACUCGUCGCAGCAGGGGUACUCGUCGCAGCAGGGGUACUCGUCGCAGCAGGGGUACUCGUCGCAGCAGGGGUACUCGUCGCAGCAGGGGUACUCGUCGCAGCAGGGGUACUCGUCGCAGCAGGGGUACUCGUCGCAGCAGGGGUACUCGUCGCAGCAGGGGUACUCGUCGCAGCAGGGGUACUCGUCGCAGCAGGGGUACUCGUCGCAGCAGGGGUACUCGUCGCAGCAGGGGUACUCGUCGCAGCAGGGGUACUCGUCGCAGCAGGGGUACUCGUCGCAGCAGGGGUACUCGUCGCAGCAGGGGUACUCGUCGCAGCAGGGCCACCGCCCUCACCAGAUUCCAGCUGACGUUCACACCAACACACUGACCUGCUUCCACCUCACGUUGACGGAGCUGUUUGGUGCCCUCUGUGUGUGGCUGGGGUACCUAUCCGGCCAGGCCAACAUCCCUCUGUGGGACACACGAAACCUCAUCCCUUUCGUCCUUCCCGUCUCUCUCCCUCCCCAUUCUCCACCUCUCCGCCCCCACCACGCCCCCACCACGCCCCCUCCACCAGCCACCACACUGACGGGAUUCCACCUCACAUUCACCGGCCUGUUCGGGGCGCUGUGCGUGUGGCUGGGGUACCUGUCGGGGACAGCCAACAUCCCUCUGUGGGACAUCGUGUGGUUCGGCAUGCUCGCCAACCUCUCCAUCGUCGGCAUGAACCUGUCGCUUAUGUCUAAUUCGGUCGGGUUUUACCAGAUAUCGAAGCUCGCCAUCAUCCCGGUGACCUGUCUGUGUGAGACGCUGCUGCACGCCAAGGCCUACUCAAGGGAGGUCAAGCUGUCAGUGGUCGCGGUCAUGCUGGGAGUGGGCGUGUGCACCGUCACUGACAUCUCCGUCAACGCGUUUGGGCUCGUUACUGCGACUGUGGCGGUGGUUUCUACGUCGCUCCAGCAGAUUUUCGUGGGCGAGCUGCAGAGGAAGCACAACGUGGGGUCGUUCGACCUGCUGCGCCAGACAGCGCCCAUCCAGGCCGUCACCCUCGUGAUUGUCGGCCCCUUCCUCGACUACCUCCUCACUUCCCAGAACCUUCUUGAGUUCCCCGUCACCAGCAACGCUACGUUCUUCAUCUCCCUCUCGUGCGCCUUUGCCAUCGGCUGCAACCUCUCCGUCUACCUGUGCAUCGGAAAGUUCUCGGCAACGUCCUUCCAGGUGCUGGGGCACAUGAAGACGGUGGUGGUGCUCAUCCUGGGCUGGACCGUUUUCAAGGACCCCUUCACACUAAAGAACUUCAGCGGCAUGCUCAUGGCCAUCGUGGGCAUGCUGCUGUAUAGCUGGGCUGUGGAGAAAGAGAAGGGGACGAAGGAGGGCAAGGGAGGGAAGGAGGCGUUGCCGCUGCUGCCGGUGCAGAAGGGGGAGGAGGGUGGGGGAGGAGGGAUGGGACUGGGGGAGGAGGGGAAGGGGGAUGUGGAGUAUGGGGGGGUGAUGGGCGAGAAUGGGAGGAGGCCAGGGUCGCCCACGAAAGGGGGCAGAGGGCUGUUGUAA